GUCAGAGGCGGGAGGCGCACGAUGGAGCAGGUGACGGAGGGGACGUGGGAGUCGCUGCCCGUCGCGCUCAGCCCGGGCGUCCUGCAGGCUUUACGGGAGCUGCGCUUCUCUCACAUGACGCCCGUGCAGUGUGCAACAAUCCCUUUAUUUAUGACAAAUAAAGACGUGGCGGCUGAAGCGGUAACAGGCAGUGGGAAAACGCUAGCCUUUGUCAUUCCCAUCAUAGAAAUUCUUCUCCGGCGUGAAGAAAAGCUAAAAAAAGCGCAGAUUGGUGCACUUAUCAUCACUCCCACAAGAGAGCUUGCUAUCCAGAUAGAUGAAGUGAUCUCCCAUUUUGUUAAAUAUUACCCACAGUUUAGCCAGUGCCUUUUGAUUGGUGGGAAGAAUCCUAUGGAAGAUGUAGAACGAUUCAAAGAACGAGGCGGAAACAUCCUUGUGGCCACCCCAGGUCGUUUGGAGGACAUGUUCAGGAGGAAAUCAGAGGGGCUGGAUUUGGCCAAGUCUGUGAAAUCUCUUGAUAUUUUGGUCUUGGAUGAAGCAGAUCGGCUUCUGGACAUGGGGUUUGAAGCAAGUUUGAACGCUAUCCUGGACUUUCUGCCCAAGCAGAGACGGACGGGUCUCUUCUCCGCAACCCAGACCCAGGAGGUUGAGAACCUAGUAAGAGCAGGUCUCCGAAACCCUGUCCGCAUCUCAGUGAAGGAGAAGGGAAUGGCAGCGAGUAACACCCAGAAGACUCCUACUCGGCUCCAGAACUAUUACAUGAUCUGUAAGGCGGACGAGAAAUUUAACCAGCUGGUUUACUUCCUUCGUCAACACAAACCAGAAAAACAUCUUGUCUUUUUCAGUACCUGUGCCUGUGUGGAGUAUUAUGGGAAGGCUUUGGAGUCUUUGAUUAAAAAUGUGAAGAUCAUGUGCAUCCAUGGGAAGAUGAAACACAAGCGGAAUAGGAUCUUUACAGAGUUCCGGAAGCUUCCAAGCGGCAUUCUGGUUUGUACUGACGUGAUGGCCCGUGGCAUAGACAUUCCGGAGGUGAACUGGGUGUUGCAGUACGACCCACCAAGCAAUGCCAGCGCCUUCGUGCAUCGCUGCGGCCGCACCGCGCGCAUCGGCCACCUGGGCAGCGCACUUGUCUUCUUGCUUCCCAUGGAAGAAGCCUACAUCAGUUUUCUCGCCAUUAACCAAAAGUGCCCCAUGCAGGAACUGAAACCGCAGAGGAAUGUUGUGGAUGUCCUGCCCAAGCUGAAGUCUCUGAGUCUGGCUGAUAGAGCUGUGUAUGAAAAAGGGAUGAAGGCAUUUGUAUCCUGUGUGCAGGCCUACGCCAAACACGAGUGCAACCUGAUCUUCCGAAUAAAAGAUCUGGACUUUGCCAGCCUAGCCCGAGGUUUUGCCCUCCUGAAGAUGCCAAAGAUGCCCGAACUGAAAGGCAAGUGCCUCUCGGACUUCACCCCCGUUGAUAUUGACACGGACUCGAUUGCAUUCAAAGACAAGAACCGGGAAAGACAGAGGCAGAAGCUGCUGGAGCAACAGAAGGAAGAGGGUCAAGUCCGCAGAGUGGGGAGGAAGAUGCCCAGAAAUAAAGCUUGGUCCAAGCAGAAAGCAAAGAAGGAGAAGAAAAAGAAAUUGAUAGCGAAACGGAAAAGAGAGGAGGGUUCUGACCUUGACGAUGAAGAUAUGGAGGAGCUUCUGAAGGACACCCGGCUCUUGAAAAAGUUAAAAAAGGGCAAAAUCAGUGAGAAGGAGUUUGAGAAGACGCUGCUAUGCAGCAGGAAAGAAGGGAGUGGUUCGGACUCGGAAGGAUAAAAUAUAAACUGAAAA